UUUCCUCUCUCAUUGGUUAAACAAUCUUUGAAUCAGUGACGUUCCCGCAGAUUGAAGGCUAUAGGUAACGUUAUGCCUCCCGAUCAGGUUUAACAGAGAGAGGGUUUGCAAAAGGAAAAAUGGAAACCGUAUAUCUGUAAACAGACAAAAGCCGAAAGACAGUAGACAUGAGAGUCGCCACUGUGGCCUUUUACGGGUGUGCAAUGGGUCUUCUGGCGAUGGGCCUGCGAGAAUUGUUGUCGGGAUUUGAAGAGAAUAGAUGCACCAUGACCUAUAUGUUCGAGUACCCCGAGUACCGGCGUGUGGCCCUGCCCCGACGCGUGGCCCGCCAGUACCCAGCGUAUGGGCUCUACCUGUACGGAGAGGGCCAGUACGCUCAGGACACCCGCGGACUCAAACUAACUGGGGCCCCUGUUCUUUUCCUACCUGGAAACGCAGGAAGCUACAAACAAGCUCGCUCCCUGGGUUCGGUGGCCCUGAGGAAAGCUGAGGCACUGGAAGGAGGGGUCCACCUCAACGUGUUCACCAUCGACUUCAACGAGGAGCUUGUGGCCCUGUACGGAGGCAGCCUGCUCCGGCAGACUCACUUUAUACAUGAGAGCAUCAAGGCCAUCCUGCGCCUCUACAAGGACCAUGAAGCCCCCCCUCAUAGUGUGGUGUUGGUGGGUCACUCCAUGGGGGGAGUGGUGGCCCGAGCCCUCUUCACCCUGCCCCGCUUCAGCCCUCGCCUUGUCAGCCUCAUCAUCACCCAGGCCUCCCCUCACCAGGCUCCUGUGCUGUCCCUCGACACAUACCUACUGGAGUUCUACUCUGCUGUGAGACAGCGCUGGGUGGGUCGAGCGGAAGACCUGCGCAACGUGACAGUUGUCUCCGUGGGGGGUGGUUACCGUGACUACCAGGUGCGCUCCGGCCUCACGGCCCUGCCCUGCCCCCAGGACGACCCAAGCAAGCUGUCUCUAGUGGUUACUGCUGUUCCAAGGACCUGGGUGUCCACGGACCACCUGUCCAUUGUUUGGUGCAAAGAGCUGGUUCUGGCCACUGUGCGGGCAUUCUUUGACCUCAUUGAACCUGAAACUGGACAGUUUUCAGACGAUCCAAAGAGGAGAAUGGCCAUUCUGAACCAUCAUUUUAUCAGACACCCUGUACGUGUGCUGGGUGAGCAGCUAGAGAUGCCCAUCUCCCUCUCAGGGUCUCCUGAAACGUGGACCGAGGUGAACACACUCCGUCUGGCGUACAGUGCUCCCAAAGAAGGACAAGCCAAGUAUUUCCUGUUUGCCCUCUCCAGUCGCAGGAAAGCCUACAGCCACUUCUACUGUCGCAGCAACAACCUGUCUCUCCAACAGGAAAUGACUAGCUGGGUUUACGGUUGUACACAGAUGAACGGAUCCAUGUGUGUGCAGGCAGUGGAUCUGUCUUUGGGAACCGAAAUUCUCCCAGCUUUCAAGGUUCUGACUCUGAACCUCAGUGAGCUGUCCUCUGUCUCUCACCUCAUUGUGGUUGCCUCCAACCUCAAUGGUAGACAGUUUAAAGUGGAGUGUGAGUGGCAGAGACAGGAGUCUCAGACCAUCUCUGUGCCGGUACCACACGUUCUCUCCUUUGGCAUGAGUGUUAGUGACGUCACUCUCAACUCCACUGGACUUCGGCACACCAUUGAGCUGCAGCACUUUCAUCAGGUCUAUCAGGCGUUCAGAAUUUCAGUCGUAAGCCACUGCAAAGUAACCAAAGCAGACAGACUACCCAAUGUCUACAUAAUGAAGGUGCCAUGGUUUAGGGAAGACUCCGUUACCACGUCCAGUAUUCCCUCUGUAACAGAGAUAUCGGGCAUGCUCCACACGAGUCGUCCUGACAACACUGCUGGUGUCCUGCUGCAGCUCCACACUGCCCCCAACUGCCACUAUAAGGUAUCUGUGAGAACAUCAUUUCCCAGAGUGCUUGGACAGGUGCUGAGGUUCUGUGGGCCCGUGUUGCCUGUGUAUGUGGCUGUAGCGCUCCUACUGGCCUGUGGGGGGCAGAUGUCCUCUGUCGUGAGGAUGGGGCGCCCCUUACAGAUGAGCCAUGCCGUGGCCAGAUCCCUGCAGCCCCACAAGGUGGACCUUCCCGUCUACCUGCUGCAUCUGCUGCUCAGGUAUAGCUGGUUCCAGGAUGGUUGGUCCACUCUUCAUCUCCCGCCCUUAGAUGCUCUCCCUGCCACCUCCCCAGAUGGUACGACACAGGAGGGGGUGCCCCUAAACGUAGACUGGCCACGCCUCCUGUCCCCCCUGCUGUAUGUUUUGGGAGCGGCCAUGGCCUUCUGGGGCAGCGCGCUGCUCCGCCUCUUUCUACAGCUGCUUUCGUUGCUAUUGGCCCCGCUGCACAGGCCCUCUGUGUCUCGGGACUGUGGCACCCUGCGUAGGCGGACUCAGCUGCUCCUCAUCCUGUGUCUGAGCGUGUUAGGAGGUGCUUCCUGUGGAGCCCUGUCAAUCACAGCCACCUUCCUGCUCCAUCUCUACCGAGUUCUGAGGCUACAGAUGACAGAGAGGUCUCUGAGUCAUAUGUUGAACCUGGCGCCCGAGAAACAGAGAGACAAAGAGAACGGAACUGGGAACAAAGCGAAUGGCACUGGGGACAGUGAGGCCCUGGACGGAUUACCCAAAGAAUGUAAGGGCGCCCCCCUGCUGUCGGACUCAGUACUGCAAGAUGUGAGAGACGACCUGCAGCUGCACGUCAGCCUGUCUGCUCUCCUCACUCUACCAGUCAUGCUCUGUGCCCCAUCACUGAUCCACUGGACCCGCAACCUCAGAUAUUCUGCUGCUCGUUUGGAUCCUGACCCUUGCUGGCCACACACCGUGCCUCUCCUCAUCGCCUCUCUGCUGCUCAUCAACUGCAACACACUCACUCUCAGCCACAGUAAAACCCUGCCCAUCACAUCCCGCCUACUGCUGCCUCUCUCCGUUGCCAUGGUGACCUUCUCCCCACUCCAUCUAUACCGCGUAAACUACUUUGUGUCUGCAGCCCUGGUUCCGCUGGCUGUUUCCUGUCUCUUCUGAGUUCUGCUGGUACCUGAGCUGGGCCUAUCACUCAGCAGACUCACAGAUCCGGGUCAGGUCCCCAAACUGGUCAAAGCUAGUCUGGCCUGGGAUUGCGCUCUCCUUUCAGGUCAUGAAGGGGGCGACGAUGGCGACCCUACAGCAGAGCCAUAGACAUACAUAGUUUGUGAAACUGUCCGCCAUGUUGUCUCCAAGUGUUCCAAGCUUUUGGUGCCAACAUGGCUACCAGUGGAAUUCCUAGUCUUAACCAAGUUUGCCUUACUCUGUAUAUAUAUGGCUCUGUCUUCAAGGAGCAUGACGCGAUCACUCCUCCAUAACAAAUGACGCUCCUGAUACUUGUGGUUCUCAACAGGAUAUUGCUCUCAUUUGUUUUUCAUACAACUGUAAUUUAACCUAUUUUAGUACAGUAUAUAAUUGUGGUAAUGGUGAGUAUGAGGGGAUUUGUCUCUGUUUAUUGGAUUAUAUUUAUUGGACAUAGAAAAUGUUUGCCCAUCCCCAUUGGCCCUAAACGUCUUGGACUGUCUUAUUGGUAACUUUGAUUGAACACACUCAUGAAGCUAGCUACCUUUAACUCUGUCACUAGUAAGAUGUCAUAAGCAGUCAAUUGUUGCAAUUAGGGUUGCAAAACUACCGGUAAUUGACUAUUUAAAAAAUGUUUCAUUAAAAAAAACAAUUCAUAUUUUAUAUCUUUAACAUGCUAUGAAAAUUACUUAAAAUCCUUAAACGUUUCCAAAAGUUUGGUAGUUUACUGGUCAAUUUUGAAAGUUACCGUUAACAUUCCCUCCCUUUGCAACCUUAGUUACAAUGAUGUCAUGCAGCUAGCUGUAUGCAAGAUGACCGUGGCUAACUCGCUUGCCCGGCUAGCUAUUGUAACUGCACAGGACAUGUUCCGUCAUGCUUUUGACAGUGUAAAGAUUUGAAAGGUUUACAAGUGAGAGUUGGCGUAAACUCUUAUCACACGCUCAAACCUUCUUCUGUUGCUAUCAUCCAGUUCAAAACGCAGGUGAUGCGUUAUUGAAAGUGGAGCUCCUAACUACAUUGCCUGUUCUUAGCCAAGUAUGGUCAUUAUUAUGCAGUAUGUGGCCAUAGCUAUGAAUGUUAUUGGUUAGUCUCAAUCUAAAGUCACCGGGUCCUCACUACCUAGGAUAUCAUGAGGAAUGGAUGACCCUGUGCACCAUAGCUUAAUUUAGUUGUGCAAUGUUGUAGGAAGGUUAUAUGGAGUUGGAAGCUAUUCCACAUCAGAUCACUAGGGGGAUAACUUGACGUUGUAACAUAACUACUUGAGCAGUUCUGCUGUGCAUCUCUAUGGACGGAGUCCAGGUUGAUAUCCAUACUAGAGUAUAUUAGAUCUGAUGUUACCUUGCAAACGGGCCUAUCAUGUGACUUUGACAUUCUAUUACAAGCUACUGUCUAUUAUUGAUUAACAAAAUUUUCUUUGCUUGAAGAGCUAGCUUGAAAGGGAUCUUUGGCUAGAUAUCUUUUAAUUUUUAUUGAUGACGUUAAGAGGCCAUGGCCCCUAUUAUUUACUAGAAGAGUCGUUAUGUACUUGGAAAACAUCAGCACGUGGUAUUUCCAUUUGCCUUAAUCAGUUACCUCACAUAUUUCCAAACUGGACUUUCUAAAGACUCAUAGCUCCUGCAUUGAAAUACAGUUGACAAACUGACAUCGGCCUGGUCUCCACAAGGCAAAUACGUUUAUAAAUGUGUAUUAGCCCUCAUUGUAGUAAUGAAAGCACAGGGUUGUAGAUCUUCAGAAUCAGAUGAAGGAGCCCUAUUGCCAACGAUACAUGGAGGCACCAGAGCUGUUGCCUUUAGACUGUUUCACCCGCUACUGUUCGUUAAUUCGAGGUGUGUGUGUUUCCGUAAAACCCUAUCCGCCAUGGUUCCACUCCAAUGUACAACACAGUGGACUGUGUUAGUGGUGUUUUUACUUUUUUGCCAAUUGUUUUGUAAGAAUUAACCAAUAUCGUGUGUGUUUGUGUACUUUUUGACGCUCACCAGCACCCCUUGACCCCAGCUCUGUUGGCAUCCCUUGGUCAAAGCAGCUAGUGCCUUUCUGCCGAUAUGCCCCUCCUCCUCCACGCAUUCACUCUCCUAUCUGCCUGUCAAUCAAGACACUUCCCUAAUAUAGGGCAUAAGAUUGUCACAUAGACCAGCACCUCUGACAAGUGACUCAUCUGGUCAUCUGAGUGCAACAGUACAACAGUAGUGAGCAUAACCCUUGCUUGUAGCUGUCUUAAUACUUUCAUUUGCAAGACAGAACAGAUUUCAAAUACAGACUGGUUACAUGGAAUGGUUAUGUUGGUGUAUGUUAAAUUAUUUGACAUAGCCACAAUGGUGUUAUGUCAAGGUAAUGACCGUGUAAAGGCAGUUUGGUUCUUGUAUAGUGUUACCACUUUUCAAGCUCAACAAGACAGGCUAUGAAUGACACACCUUUGUCCAUCCUAGCUAGCUUCAAUUUAAAGAGACGUUUUAUCAGCUCCUGGGACCAAACUCACUCUAGCACAAACACGCAUAUACUACACUCUCCCCGACGACACCCCUGUGUCACCUGCACUGUGAAUGUACCUGCACCUGUUUGUUUGUUCUGUUUGUUUGUUUGUAUGUGUGUGCGUAAGUAUGUAAGACUUUAGUGCGGGUGCUUUUGUGUGUACUAAACUAUAGUAUGUCAAUGUGGUGCAGUUUUAGUGCUUUGAAACGUACAUACUCUGCCUCAUUCCAAGUUAUGAAUUGUGACUAGAUUUAUAUAGAUUAAACUUUGUGGUAAAACUAGUAGAAAUGGGCAUAUGUUUUCUAUGAAUACGAUGAUUGUGAUCUUUUUUUAUUGGUGUUCACUGUGACAGUGCCGUGAUUUCUGAAGUGAGAUUGACACCUCAGCAACUACUCAUGUUCUAAUGUUACCAACCAGAGUAAAGCUGUCACUACAAGCAUAUCUCAAUUUAAAUAUGUUGUUUGUUAAGCUUUUUUUGCUCUUUGAGAUUAUUUUCUGUAAUGAAAAAGCACUACAAGUUAAAUUAAUUAUUAUUAUUAUAUAGAAUACUGUUCCUUGAAUCCUGAAAAGCCUAAUGUUUGCAUUCAUAACACUGUUAUGAUUGUAACGUUAGCAGUCAUAACUUUAUUAUUAAAAUCUGUCAUUACAACUAAGUCAUAACAAUUGUUUAUUAUUAAAAGCAGACAUCACAAUUCACGUUAUGAUUGUCUGAAAAUGUAUAUGAUCAAGUUAACAGAGUAAUGUAGUAGAUGGUGGCUGCUUGUGGAAUGAUUAAUGAUUAUACAAAUGAUGAUUUAAGGGAAGGGUCUCCAAAUUGUACAUAUUGUGUGUCCAAUGAAGUGAAUCGCUGUUGCUUUGUGCUGUUGUAGCUGUACUGUUGCAACUAGGAUACUAGACAGACCGCAACUCCAUAGGGAUCUGCAGUACUUUCUUCUCUGAUUCACAGCCAAUGACAAAAUACUUACAUGUAAAUGUCCCAACAUACAUAUUCAACUAGAGUGGCAGAUUUAGCUCAGAAACUGUUAAGUCCAGAUGAAUGCUAAAAAUUGUUUGGGUCUCUACUUGCUUUUUGAUGUUUUGUUGACUAUAGGGAAGUGAACAUCCAGUUAAGUGUUACCGAACUGUCUACACACUGAUAGUCACGUUAUUGAUGCGGUCUCUUGCUGUUUCUGUCCUAGGUGACUUUAAACCUAUAACCUCCUAUCUCUAACUGGUCCUCGUUGUGUGAAGAUGGUCUCUUGCUGACCUUUGCUGAACCAGAAAUGUUCAAAAAAUUAAAUUGGACCCAAAAAGACCUUGCCUGAGGGAAUGUUGGGAGUCUGUUUUUACAGUUGGGUUCUAGGUGUGGUCAAGUGACAAGGACUGGCAUACUCAAUUCUCAGGUUUUAAUAUUGUCGCAACAAAAAAAGAUUGCUUUGGUGUUUUUUAUAUUGUUCAAAUUUUUUAUCUAAUGUUAUUAUAACUGAGAUUUGUGCAAUUUGUUAGCAUUAUGGCUGUUAAAAUAAAAUUGUGAGAAGC